AUGGAGCCCUUUGUGUUCAGCCCUCUUCCCCACAAGAUCAUCUUUGGACAAGGUUCAAUCCGUCAACUUCCGCAAUGCCUGCAACAACUUGGCUUCCGACGGGCCCUCGUCCUAUCAACUCCCUACCAAAUUGACCAAGCAAAGCAAAUCAUUGAUAUUCUUGAGUCGUACGUGGAAGCCAGUUGGAUCUUCUCUGAGGCUACCAUGCACACUCCCUUGAAUAUUACGGAGAAGGCUCUCGCAUUUUGCCAACAGAACAGCCCCGACGUCCUGGUUUCUAUCGGAGGCGGUAGCACCACGGGACUUGGCAAGGCCAUCAGCUUUCGCACAGGGAUAUACCACAUCUCUAUUCCUACAACAUACGCUGGUAGUGAGGUGACACCAAUUCUCGGAGAAACCGUCGAUGGCAUCAAAACGACCAAGACGCAGAUUGAAAUCUUGCCGAAAACCGUUAUAUACGAUGUCGAUUUGACUCUCACGCUUCCUCUUCCCAUGUCGCUCACCAGCAUCAUCAAUGCGAUCGCCCAUGGUGUCGAGGCUCUCUACGCCCCCAACACGAACCCUAUCGUCAGUCUAAUGGCCGCUGAAGGUGUACGGUCUCUCGCAAACGGAUCAUACGAGCUACUCGACGAUCCCGAUUCCAUUGUCGCUCGAUCGACUUGCCAAUAUGGAGCUUGGCUCUGCGGAACAUGCUUAGGCAGUGUUGGCAUGUCUCUGCAUCACAAGCUAUGCCAUACAUUAGGUGGCUCUUUCAACUUGCCCCAUGCCGAGACACACACGAUUAUUCUCCCGCACGCCUUGGCGUACAAUGCUCCCAGGGUUCCCCAGGCGAUGAAGGUUCUGGCUGGGGUGCUUCCGGACAGCCAAGGGGAUGCUCUACGGGGCCUGAACACGUUACUUAACAAGCUUGGUGUUCCACGAAGCUUAAAGUCCAUUGGAUUUAAGGAGGAAGAUAUUGACAAGGCGGCUGAUAUUGCCGUCAGUAAGUCUUAUGCCAACCCAAGGGAAAUUGAUAGAGAUCUCAUCAGAGAGGUCAUUCGGAGAGCAUGGGCUGGUGAGGAUGCGAAGGCAGAUUUGUAA